CGCUGCGCCUUCUCGCUCAGCCGGCCGCCCGCAUGGCGCUGCGCAGCUUUUGCAGCGUUGAUGGCUCCGAUCCGCUCUGGGACUGGAAUGUCACAUGGCACACCAGCAACCCUGACUUUACCAAGUGCUUUCAGAACACGGUCCUCACAUGGGUGCCUUGUUUCUACCUCUGGUCCUGUUUCCCCCUCUACUUCCUUUAUCUCUCUCGACAUGACCGAGGCUACAUCCAGAUGACACACCUCAACAAAGCCAAAACUGCCUUAGGAUUCUUUCUGUGGAUCAUCUGCUGGGCAAACCUCUUCUAUUCUUUCUGGGAAAGAAGUCAGGGAGUGCGCCUAGCCCCGGUGUUACUGGUCAGUCCGACACUGCUGGGCAUCACCAUGCUGCUCGCCACCUUUUUAAUUCAGCUUGAGCGAAGGAAGGGAGUCCAGUCCUCGGGGAUUAUGCUUACUUUCUGGCUUGUAGCCCUACUCUGUGCCCUUGCCAUCUUGAGAUCUAAGAUCAUCUCUGCCUUAAAAAAGGAUGCUCAAGUUGACGUGUUUCGAGAUUCCACAUUCUAUCUGUACUUCACCCUUGUGCUCAUUCAGCUCGUGCUGUCCUGCUUCUCAGACUGCUCACCCCUGUUCUCUGAAACUGUUCAUGACCUGAAUCCAUGCCCAGAAUCGAGUGCCUCUUUCCUCUCCAGGAUCACUUUCUGGUGGAUUACAGGAAUGAUGGUGCAGGGCUACCGCCAGCCCCUGGAGAGCAGUGACCUCUGGUCAUUGAAUAAGGAGGACACGUCAGAGGAAGUGGUGCCUGUGCUGGUGAAUAACUGGAAGAAGGAAUGUGCUAAGUCAAGGAAGCAGCCCGUACGGAUUGUGUAUGCCUCUUCCAGAGACCCCACCAAGUCUAAGGGAAGUUCCCAGUUGGAUGUGAAUGAGGAGGUUGAGGCACUGAUUAUCAAGUCGCCCCACAAGGACCGGGACCCCUCUCUGUUCAAGGUGUUAUACAAGACUUUUGGGCCCUACUUCCUCAUGAGCUUCCUGUACAAGGCCCUUCAUGACCUGAUGAUGUUUGCUGGACCCAAGAUCUUGGAAUUGAUUAUCAACUUCGUGAAUGACAGGGAGGCCCCCGACUGGCAGGGCUACUUGUACACAGCACUGCUGUUUGUCAGCGCCUGUCUGCAGACGCUGGCACUCCACCAGUACUUUCAUAUCUGCUUCGUCAGUGGCAUGCGCAUCAAGACUGCCGUGGUGGGCGCUGUCUACCGCAAGGCUCUCGUGAUCACCAAUUCAGCUAGAAAAUCUUCCACGGUUGGAGAGAUUGUCAACCUCAUGUCUGUGGAUGCUCAGCGCUUCAUGGACUUGGCCACAUACAUUAACAUGAUCUGGUCAGCCCCUCUGCAAGUCAUCCUAGCCCUCUACUUCCUGUGGCUGAGCCUGGGCCCUUCUGUGCUGGCUGGGGUGGCUGUGAUGAUCUUAAUGGUGCCCUUCAAUGCUGUGAUGGCCAUGAAGACCAAGACCUACCAGGUGGCACACAUGAAGAGCAAAGACAACCGAAUCAAGCUGAUGAAUGAAAUCCUCAAUGGGAUCAAAGUACUCAAGUUGUACGCCUGGGAGCUGGCUUUCAAGGACAAAGUUAUGAGCAUCCGGCAGGAGGAGCUGAAGGUGCUGAAGAAAUCUGCUUACUUGGCGGCUGUGGGCACAUUCACGUGGGUUUGCACACCUUUCCUGGUGGCUCUGUCAACCUUUGCUGUCUUCGUGACUGUAGAUGAGAGAAAUAUCUUAGAUGCAAAGAAGGCCUUCGUGUCCCUAGCCCUGUUCAAUAUCCUGCGCUUCCCACUCAACAUCCUGCCCAUGGUCAUCAGCAGCAUUGUGCAGGCCAGUGUGUCUCUCAAGCGUCUCAGGAUCUUUCUGUCUCAUGAGGAGCUGGAGCCAGACAGCAUUGAGCGGUGGUCGAUGAAGGAUGGUGGAAGAAUGAAUAGCAUCACUGUGAAGAAUGCGACCUUCACUUGGGCCAGGGGUGAACCUCCCACACUGAAUGGCAUCACCUUCUCCAUUCCUGAAGGAGCUCUUGUGGCCGUGGUGGGCCAGGUAGGCUGCGGGAAGUCAUCUCUGCUGUCAGCCCUGCUGGCUGAGAUGGACAAGGUGGAAGGACAUGUGACUCUCAAGGGCUCCGUGGCCUAUGUGCCUCAGCAGGCCUGGAUUCAGAAUGACUCUCUCCGAGAGAACAUACUGUUUGGGCACCCCCUACAGGAAAAUUACUACAAGGCAGUGAUGGAAGCCUGUGCCCUUAUUCCAGAUUUGGAAAUCCUGCCCAGCGGGGACCGCACAGAGAUUGGUGAGAAGGGUGUGAACCUGUCAGGGGGCCAGAAGCAGCGUGUGAGCCUGGCCCGGGCUGUGUACUGUAACUCUGACAUCUACCUCUUUGACGACCCCCUCUCGGCUGUGGAUGCGCAUGUUGGGAAGCACAUCUUUGAGAAGGUGGUUGGUCCCAUGGGCCUACUGAAGAACAAGACACGGAUCCUGGUCACCCACGGUAUCAGCUACCUGCCCCAAGUGGAUGUCAUCAUUGUCAUGAGUGGCGGCAAGAUCUCAGAGAUGGGUUCUUAUCAGGAGCUGCUAGACCGGGAUGGGGCCUUCGCUGAGUUCCUGCGCACCUAUGCCAACGCUGAGCAGGACCUGGCCUCGCAGGAUGACAGUAAGAAUGGUGUCAGUGGUUCAGGGAAGGAGUCAAAGCCAGUGGAAAAUGGGAUGCUGGUGACAGACACAGUAGGGAAGCACCUGCAGAGGCAUCUCAGCAACUCUUCUUCCCAUAGUGGGGAUACUAGCCAGCAGCACAGCAGCACAGCCGAACUGCAGAAGGCUGGGGCUAAGGAGGAGACUUGGAAGCUGAUGGAAGCAGACAAGGCCCAGACAGGGCAGGUGAAGCUGUCAGUGUACUGGAACUACAUGAAGGCCAUCGGCCUCUUCAUCUCCUUCUUGAGUAUCUUCCUUUUCCUGUGCAACCAUGUAUCUGCACUGGCCUCUAACUAUUGGCUGAGCCUCUGGACAGAUGACCAUCCUGUUGUCAAUGGGACUCAGGAGAACAGGAAUUUUCGACUGAGUGUCUAUGGGGCCUUGGGCAUCUUACAAGGUGUGGCAGUAUUUGGCUACUCCAUGGCUGUGUCCAUUGGGGGCAUCUUUGCCUCCCGUCGGCUGCAUCUGGACCUGCUACACAAUGUUCUGCGAUCGCCCAUGAGUUUCUUUGAGCGUACACCCAGUGGGAACCUAGUGAACCGAUUCUCCAAGGAGCUGGACACGGUAGACUCCAUGAUCCCACAGGUCAUCAAGAUGUUCAUGGGUUCACUCUUCAGUGUCACUGGAGCUGUCAUCAUCAUCCUACUGGCCACGCCCAUUGCUGCAGUCAUCAUCCCACCCUUGGGUCUGGUUUACUUCUUUGUGCAGAGGUUCUAUGUGGCUUCCUCACGCCAGCUGAAGCGCCUGGAGUCUGUCAGCCGUUCCCCUGUGUACUCACACUUCAAUGAGACCUUGCUGGGGGUCAGUGUCAUCCGUGCCUUUGAGGAGCAGGAGCGCUUCAUUCGCCAGAGUGACCUGAAAGUCGAUGAGAACCAGAAGGCUUACUACCCCAGCAUUGUGGCCAACAGGUGGCUUGCUAUACGCCUCGAGUGUGUGGGCAACUGCAUUGUGCUGUUUGCUGCUCUGUUUGCAGUCAUCUCCCGGCACAGCCUCAGUGCUGGCUUGGUCGGCCUCUCUGUGUCUUACUCACUGCAGAUAACUGCAUACUUGAACUGGCUGGUUCGAAUGUCCUCUGAGAUGGAGACCAACAUUGUGGCAGUGGAGAGACUGAAGGAGUAUUCUGAAACAGAAAAGGAGGCUCCUUGGCAAAUCCAGGAGACAGCUCCACCCAGCACCUGGCCCCAGUCAGGCCGGGUAGAGUUCCGGGACUACUGCCUGAGGUAUCGAGAAGACUUGGACUUGGUUCUCAAGCACAUAAAUGUCACCAUCGAGGGUGGAGAAAAGGUUGGUAUUGUGGGUCGUACGGGAGCCGGGAAGUCAUCGCUCACCCUGGGUUUGUUCCGGAUCAAUGAGUCUGCAGAAGGGGAGAUCAUCAUUGACGGGGUAAACAUCGCCAAGAUUGGCCUGCACAACCUGCGCUUCAAGAUCACCAUCAUUCCCCAGGAUCCUGUUUUGUUCUCGGGUUCCCUCCGCAUGAACCUGGACCCUUUCAGUAAGUAUUCUGAUGAAGAAGUCUGGAUGGCUCUGGAGCUUGCUCACCUGAAGGGCUUUGUGUCAGCCUUGCCUGACAAGCUGAACCAUGAGUGUGCAGAAGGUGGAGAGAACCUGAGCGUGGGGCAGCGACAGCUUGUGUGCCUGGCCCGUGCUCUGCUGAGGAAAACAAAGAUUUUAGUGUUGGACGAGGCUACAGCAGCUGUGGACCUCGAGACCGAUGACCUCAUUCAGUCCACCAUCCGGACGCAGUUUGAAGACUGUACUGUGCUUACUAUUGCUCACCGGCUUAAUACCAUAAUGGACUAUACGAGGGUGAUUGUCCUGGACAAAGGAGAAGUUCGGGAGUGUGGUGCACCCUCUGAGCUCCUGCAGCAAAGAGGCAUCUUCUAUAGCAUGGCCAAGGAUGCUGGCUUGGUGUGAGCUGGUCUCUGGCAUAUCCAAUGAGGACUGCAGGGCCAGGAUCCCAGGAUCCAGGCAUGAGCCAGCAACCCUGGAAACCUAUGCUUCCCAGACAAAAACCAAAAAUUAAAAAGAAAGCCAAACUAAAAGGAAGCAAAACACAUAAAGCAUCAGUCACCAUUUGGCCCCGUCCUGGAUCUGACCUUGAAGAAGCCGGAAGACAGAUGCACCCCACUUCAGAUACACAUCUGGCCUCUGGCGCCACUUGUGAGGCUCCCUGAAAGUCCACCCAUGCUCCUGCUGUAUCCCACAGCAAGGCCAUGGGCAGCUAAACAUACUCAUGACCAAACACAAGCCACUGCCUCAUGUCUCUUCACCCAUAUCCAUGGAUGCCAAGUCUUGUAGCCUCUCCUGGCCCUGACAGCUCUUCUGUCACCUACAGUCCUGUUGGUUACAUAAGAGUGCAUCUUGCCUUCAGGUCUUGCAGUUGAAAGCAUGGGAACCAAAAUGAACAAACAAAAAAGAGAGAAAGAAAACAAAAAAAUCCUGUCCUUGUUACGUCAGUGACGUCCUUCCUGCCACCGUCUGGUCUUCACACGCUUUAGACAGCACAACCUGUGAAGGGAUCUAGCCAGACAGGCAUGGAAGGCAGCACUCUCUUCACAAGGACUUUACCCUGCCCUUGCUUUCUGUUUCUUUCUGUCCAUAGCUGGAGAGGGCUCACUCCUCAUAUAGGAUCCAUGAAUAGUUAUAAGCAGCAAAAGUCAAAAGCAGGAGGGAUGGUGCCCACAGGCAAGAAUCUGGUAUCAAAAACAGCCAGAGUCCCCUAUAGGACAAGCAGAGAACUACUCACAAAUAUCAGUGAUUGUCCCACCCCCAUAACUUUUGAACAUCAUUUCUGGAAGAACGAUAGUCCCAAGAAUUUGAUGUCUAGGGAGGAGAUACUAGAUUCAGGGAGCAGCCACGCCCAGCUGUACACUUGAUCCUCAGUCUGAAUACUUCAAAGUGGUUCUCUGCGUGUGGGGGCUACAGACCAAAGAGAGACCCCCAUGGUUAGCAAGAACUUGAUGCCAGCUGCAGUUCAUACUUGCUAUGAAUUUUGGCUCUGAUUUCAGUCCCAGAGAAGCAUCCUUUUUCUUUAGGUGGCAAUGUAUGUAUUUAUUUUUUGUAAGUUAAUACCAUUAUUUCACUUUAAAAGACCCAGAUUUCUCCUGAGAGUCUUUUUGUAAUGACACUGGAAAUGUGACUAUUUGAAAAUAAUUUGCAGUAAAGAAAAAUAUUUCAUUUCUUUCUAAAAAA